GAUGAUGAUAUACAUCGUCAACGUAAAUAUUCGCAUCAAUACUGACUUCAAAUCAGUUUGUAAGAAUAGGCGAAUCCAGGAAGUUGCUAAAUUAGUUGCUUUAUAGCUCCAACUUCUGACAAUAUUCUUCAAAUGUUCGGAAGUAGUUUUAAAAAGAAGGAUUGUAUUAACUUGUAAUUAAAUUUUCACAUCUCUGAGACCAUGGACAAGCUUCGUCGUGUGCUAAACGGCCGAGAGGAGAACGAAGAACUCGGUCUUACGGCGCAGGUCCUCGAUGCCACCUCGCUCAGCUACAGUACCAGGGUGAAAUGGUUUGUCAUAUGCUUCGCCUCAGGCAUCUUGUGCUCAAUACUUGGCACAGCAUUGCUGUUUCUUCCAAAUGGAAUCAAACUCUUUGCAGUUUUCUACACAUUGGGCAACAUUGCUGCUCUUGCCAGCACCUGCUUCCUUAUGGGACCACUAAAGCAGUUAAAGCGCAUGUUUGAGCCAACGAGACUUAUAGCAACCAUCGUUAUGCUGCUCUGCCUCAUCUUAACGUUAUGCUCAGCGUUUUGGUGGCAAAAAAAGGGAUUGGCCAUCAUUUUUUGUAUUCUCCAGUUUCUAGCAAUGACGUGGUACAGCAUCUCUUACAUUCCUUUUGCCAGGGAUGCUGUGAUGAAAUGCUUCACUACCUGUCUGAGCUAGGAAUCUGGAGUCCACACUUUCAUGUGAACACUGGUCCUUAAUAUGCAACUGUAAGAACUGCAACUCUGUACAAUAUAUACUUUGGUUUCCCACGCAACAUAGGGCCUCAAUAUAGUGAGUUUUUGAUUCAAGUUUUUCCCCCUCAUCAGAUUUUACUUACUUAUGCUAUGAUUGCCUUUAAUGCUUAAUAUAUUUCAGAUUGGCUUGGCUGUUUUGAGUGCUCAUGAAUUGACGGUUAUACAUGUCUUGUAACAUGUCUUAAAAUGUCUUGCAUAUGCGUGUUUUGUUUCCAAAGCAUAUUUUCCCUUUUUCCUUUAUAUGACCAACUGUCUCUUAUCUAAUAAUAGAAAUUCCAUUCUUUACAGUACUUUUGGGCAUUUGAGGCACUGUUUCAUUGGUUGCACUGGCACCUUUGAUAUCCACAGCUCUUCAUCUUUUCCAGUUAAACAGUGUACAAAUAGCAGCAUAUGUUGGUAUCUUUUGUGUACACUAGCCCCCUCCCCCAUCCAGUAAAUUACAUUAAAAUUGAGCAUUUUCAAAUUUGAUUUUCUGCCAGACACAACAAUGACCCAGUUAAUUAUGCUUUUCUGAGCAAUGUGGUUUUGGCGUGACCUAAUAAGCCAACAGGGUCCCUGUAUGCUUCUACACGAUGGCAUCAUAGCCUUUGAGAUUUUAGUUGUCAUGACAACCUCUGCCAGAAGAUUCAUUACCUUAGCUACCCCCAUCCAAGGUGCAGAUGUUCAUGUGAUGGUGACGAGAAGCUUUGUGUUUUAUACAAAACAGCAUGCAUUUGUAGAAAUUAUUUCAAAGCUGUUUUGUGCUUUUUUUUUUUUUAAAGCCAUAGUUUGAAAAUGCAUUACAAUUCCUGUUGUGCAAGCCCCUUCGUCAUUUCAUUAGGCUUCUGCAAAGAAGAAUGAUUAACAAAGUCUCCCUUCAGUACAACUUGUUAAGUAACAAGAAAAUCCCUCUGGACCGUACGCCUCAUGUAAUCUGAGGGAUCAAAUAAUGAUGUAGAAUGAAAGAACCCAUUUGUUUUUUUUUUGGGGGGGGGGGGGGCAGUUUUAUUUAGCCACCAUGUUUGGAUUAAAAGUUGAAGGAUGCGGCAGAUGUAUCCUGACCUUUGCAAUCUGUCCGUGCUCCAACUGGUUGAUGAUGAAUUAGAUUUAAUCCAGAGGUCAGAAAAGAAUAGUGGAGACCCAAUCAGUGCUAGCCUUUAAAAGAAAAAAAAUAUUAAUUCUGCUUAAUGAGAUGGAAACAGUUAAAAAAUACACAAAUUAGACCAUAAAUUUAAUGAGAUGUAUUAUUAUAAUAAUAUUUAUAUGCAUAGUGUGUGCGCGCGCCUUUUCUUACUUAUUCCUGUUUGUAAUGUGACUUAUCUGUACACUGAAACAUUGUAUAUCACAUCUAAAGUUGUCAUUCAAUGAUGAGGUAAUGAAUGUGCUACAUGAUAUUGAGUUCAAAAUUUCUUGCAAAUUGUAAUUAAAAAAGGAUCAAACCAUUUUUAAUAAAUGAUGUAUAUACACACUUCUAGGUGUUUAUGUUUAGACUCCAUGGUUUUCCACUGGCUGAAUGAUUAGUGUAGCA